UUGUUUGGUUGUGUUUUUCUUUCCUAGAAAGUCUAAGGUAGUAGCUAACAUGCCAUCAAGAGUGUUAGAUGACCUAGACAGCCUCUGUUUAUACGAUUGGGCUACCGGUGUACAUAAACACCUAGUUGAUAAUUUGAAUAAAGGCAUGAAGAAAUUAAUGGCUGGACAAAUCCGCAGUUCGCUAAGUCUAAGUGGCAAUCUUGCGGUAUUGCAGGCCUGGGCGGUGGAGAGAUUUUCCCUUGAUGGAAAUCCAAUUAAUAGGGAUUUCCCUCGGAUGCUCCGUUGGUUUCGGUAUAAGGCACGGACAUUCGAAAUAAUUGACGAUAUAUUUCGGACUGCUGAAUUUAAGUCUGAGUGGUAUGUGGGGGAACGUGUCCGUGACCGGCCCGAAAUCAAAGCUGCAUUUGAGUUGUUCGAUGGAGGGAUUUGUGUACCGCAGAUGCCAAAACGAUGUAGAGUUGAUGAAGCUGUAGAUGAUAGCUCCGAUGAUGGCACCUUUGAAGCAAACCUUGAGGAGACAUUGAAGAAGAAUAAUGAAGAAAUGAUGGCGUUGUCUUCAAGGCUAGUUUUUUUGAAGAAUGAGGUAUGUAAAAUUCGUGACAUUCCAAUUGUGAAUGAAGAAGGUGUUGGAGGACUUGAUGAAGAGGCUUUAGGUGAAGAAGGUGUUGGAGGAGAUGAUGAAGAAGCUUUAGGUGAAGAACCUUUAGUUGAAGCAGGUGUUGGGGGAGUUGGUGAAGAACCUUUAGUUGAGGAAGGUGUCGGAGUUGUUGAUGAAGAAGCUUUAGUUGAGGAAGGUGUUGGAGUUGUUGAUGAAGAACCUUGUGGUGGUGAAAAAGGUGUUGGAGGAGUUCAUGAAGAACCUUUAGGUGAAGGUGUUGGAGGAGUUCAUCAAGAACCUUUAGGUGGAGCUUCCAAUGAAGAACCUGUGGCUGAAUUUGAACAAGAAGUUCAAAAGGUUGUUGAAAUUGUUGAAUCACUGGAACAACCGGAUGCACCGCAACCAAUGGCAAUCGAACCUCUGCGUGCAGUUGCUGGUGAUCCAAGGCCUAACGUCAAUGCUGAGCAACUCUACAUCGCCGUUAGCGUAAGGGAUAGACCGCACAGGAUCGUGUGUGAAAUAAUUGGGCAGACAUUGAGCACAACAUCUAUUCAAACCUUAGGUCCUCGCGAACAGGUUGAUAACAUGUUGGUGCUAUUUGCAACGACAGUAUUUAUGCACUUUGAGAAAAGGAGGACGGGGGUUGUGAAGAGGAUCCUUUUUAGUUCGUUAUAUGCGGUAACCUAUUCUGUUUUAAUGUAUUGAUUUCAGUUCCUUUUUGACUUUUUGACUUUACUUGUGAAAUUAGUACCUGCAACAUGUAAACACACCCAUCAACAUAAACAUUGCUUGUUGCUUUGCCUUUCUUCACAGAAUCAGAGGCUUCACUCAAGUUGGCUAACAAAUAACGAUAAACUAACCCCCCCAACAGUAUUUACUCAAACUACUCAANUCAUCCACAAUUCCAAACAAUACAGGAAAAACUCGUCCACUACGAUUUGGGAUUAAAAUCUCACAUAUCCCCAACAGGAUGUACAGGCUACAAAAAACCUCACAAGGAAGGGUUUUUUUGUGUUUUUUCAACAAAAAUUUGAAAAUGAAUUUCAAAUGGGUUAUGUCCUGACCUAAAUACUUCACACAUUUACUAUUACCCACUGAAGAAUGCUUCAAGUUUAUGCUUUCACCAUCUAAACUCAAUCCUAUUCCUGAACAAAAUUCAUUUUCAUUGAUAUUGAAAUGCUUGUUUGCAAUAAAAAAAGAGUUGGUGGAAUCCACCCAUGUCUUGGUUAACUCACGCAAAAGUUUAGCAUUCAAUGUCACUUUACCACUGAACUUUAAAAACCAAAAAAAUGGAGUCUUGGAGAUGACUUCCCUUUGGUCCUCUGUC